AUGGAAAACCUCCUCCAGGAGCUUCAAAAGUCGUUUGAAAGACGUCGACAAAUCACGUUUGACAAUUCCAACAUAAAAGCUCAAAUCACUGAGAAGGUAGGCCAGCUCUCCCGAAUCAUAGAGUCGACCUCUACAACUGACUCAAAAUCCAAGCAUCAGUUUUCAGGACAAAGUCCUGUUGUAACCGAACUCAAGGACACCAUCGAAAACCUCAAGACUCGACUUCGCGAGUCUGAGCGCCGUUGUGCUCUCGAGUCGCUGCGCUACGAGGAGCUCCUGUUGGAGCUCGAAUCUUCUCAAAUGCGACAGAAGUAUGACAUGCUUGACGACGCCAGUUCUGGCUUUGGUGCCCAUUCGCUACUAAUGGCUGCUUCAACUUCACCCAGAGAUGCCUUAAAUGACUUAAGCGACGAAUUGCACUCACGUAUAGGCGAAAGAAUGAACCAAGGUUGGGAUUUAACAAAUUUUGGAAAGUUUCGAGGUGAUGAGGAAUGGGCGUCGCCCACAAAGGGUGAGUCUAUGGGCUUUGGCUUUGUUUCAGCAUGGGAUAUCAUCUGUCACGAUAGUCCUGUUUUAAAAUGCUACAUUGUUUAA